CUCUGUUAUUGCGCCUCAUUGCGUGCCCCCUGACGUCACUCGCGAAUCCGGCCACGCCCCCUUCAAUCCUGUGUUUUGACAUCCUCGCCUCAGCACCACUCCGCGCAUCCCUUCAUGCGCGCUCUGGACACGGAUGUGGAGGCGGAGGCGGGGGUCUCGCGCUCUUUCUGUCUCUCUCUCUCUCAGUUCAGCCAUUUAAAUAUCAACCCGUACAUCAGGGGUACUGACACCGAGACACCCCGCUUGUAUAGCAUCAUUGCUCGGCUUUUUCAAGAGGAGCGUCGCACGGGAGUCUCGCCGGGAUGUCAAGCCUCCUGGAGAACCCUCUGCAGGCGGUGCUCUAUCUGAAGGAGCUCACCGCCAUCGUGCAGAAUCAACAGAGUCUGAUCCAAACCCAGCGAUACCGGAUAGACAUACUCGAGCGCCGGCUGGAGGAUCUAGCGGUUGAGAAUCGGCAGCUCCGGGACUCCAGCAGCCAUCACCGGCAUCCUCCCCGCUAUCAUCCGCCUCCGCCCCCCCGGACCUCCAGCCUGCCCCGAACCAGCAGAGCCGGGACACCCCCAGUUCAAACUCAGCAGCAGCAGCAGCAGCAGCAUCAUUCCCCUCUGGACAUGCAGCUUGUGCCUGCUGGACCCAGCACUGCAAGUCCGGACUCUGCUGAUGAAGAUGAUGAUGAUGCUCAGAACCCCUGCUGUAGGUCCCUGGUCCCACAGACACCUGCCACCUUGUGCCGAGCUGUGGGACUCCCACGGGCAUCUGAGAGUCAGACCGUCUUGCACCAGUUCUGCUGUCCAGCACCAGAGGCCCCAGAGGGAGAUUCCAUAACCUGCUCCAGCUCGAUUCCUGCUGCAGGAGAGGAACAGAAAGAUGAAAAAAAAGACGGUCAGCCUGACGUGCCGCCCUGCUCACAUCCUCCAGAAUACGAGCUCUCUCCUGAUCUCAAACAAAAACAGAUAGAGGAACUGGAGCAAAAGUACGGUGGUCCUCUAAUUUCUCGGCGUGCGGCCUGUAAGAUUCAGAUGGCGUUUCGUCAGUACCAGCUCAGCAAGAACUUCCAGAAGAUCCGUAACUCAGUUCUGGAGAGUGGGAUCCCGCGGCGUAUGUCAGUGCGCAGGGUCCGGGUGCAGAGGGAAAGUUUCUCUGCUGAACGGGCGCUGAUGGAAGGAUGUUCACUCAUGGGCAUCCCGCUCACACACUCCACGUCACUGCCAGGGGCCACUACAACCACACUCACACACCUGGAGGACACAUUCACAGAACAGGUUCAGUCUUUAGCACGGUCUAUUGACGAGGCUUUGAGCAGCUGGAGUUCUGUUCGAGACGGUGAAGGAGAGAAGUCCUCUGCGGCCCCUCCCUCUGGCUCCCAUCCUGAGGGGCUCCUGAUGGACCCCCUACAGGAGGCCGCACCAAGCGGCUGUGGGGAGAGCAUACCCCGCAGUGCCAGUAAACUCAUGAUGGCUUUCAGAGAUGUGACUGUUCAAAUUGAUAACCACAACUUUCGCCUCUCCUCCUCCUCCAUGCUGGAGUCAGUAUCCCUUGGUAACGGCGUAUCCAAGGAGACCAGCUCGGAACCCCAAAAGGGGGGAAAGAUCGCAGGCCAGUCGGCAUCAUCAGCCCUGGCGGAGCCUGAGUUUCCAGCUCCACCACCCAGCGAGGAAGAGAAAGAGAACCAACAGCCAACCGGAUUGGAUGCACCGACAGCAGGGGCGGGACAGGAGGGGAAACAGACCAAUCAGAUUGCGCCCGAGACGGCGGAAAACAGCUCAGAGCCCGUCAGUAGCAGCAGCACCUCGACAUCAGCGUGUGAAACGAUGAUUCUGUCUCUGCCCCGCCCACACUGCCAGGACACGCCCUGCGGCACGCUGUCGACGGAUAUUGCACGCAAGCGCCUUUACCGCAUAGGACUCAACCUCUUCAAUGUAAAUCCAGACAAAGGAAUCCAGUUUUUGAUAUCCAGGGGCUUUAUUCCGGACACAGCCAUCGGUGUGGCUCACUUCCUGUUGCAGAGGAAGGGUUUGAGCCGACAGAUGAUUGGAGAGUUCCUGGGUAACAGCAAGAGGCAGUUCAACAGAGAUGUGUUAGACUGUGUGGUGGAUGAGAUGGAUUUUUCUAUGCUGGAGCUGGAUGAAGCUCUGAGAAAGUUUCAGGCUCAUGUGCGAGUGCAAGGAGAAGCUCAAAAAGUCGAGAGACUCAUUGAAGCAUUCAGUCAGAGGUAUUGCAUGUGUAACCCUGACGUGGUGCAACAGUUUCAUAACCCCGACACCAUCUUCAUCCUGGCCUUUGCCAUCGUGCUGCUGAACACAGACAUGUACAGUCCCAACAUAAAACCAGAGCGCAAGAUGCUGCUGGAAGACUUCAUACGCAACCUACGAGGAGUGGAUGAUGGGGCAGAUAUUCCACGGGAGAUGCUAGCCGGCAUUUACGAACGGAUUCAGCAGAGGGAGCUGCGCUCCAACGAGGACCAUGUGACCUACGUUACCAGGGUGGAGCAAAGCAUUCUUGGAAUGAAGACGAUACUGUCAGUUCCUCACCGUAGGCUGGUGUGCUGCAGUCGACUCUAUGAGGUCACUGAUGUAAAUAAACCGCAGAAACAGGCUUCACAUCAGAGGGAGGUGUUCCUCUUCAAUGACCUGAUAGUGAUCUUAAAACUAUGCCCUAAGAAGAAGAGUGCCGCAACAUACACGUUCUGCAAGGCCAUGGGCUUACUGGGAAUGCAAUUCCAUCUUUUUGAGAAUGAGUAUUACCCUCAUGGAAUCACGAUAUUGUCUCCAUUCUCAUCGGAAAAGAAGCAGGUGGUGAGCUUCUGUUCUCAGAGUGCAGAAGAGCUGCUCAAGUUUGUAGAGGACCUGAGAGAGAGCAUUGCAGAGGUGGCAGAGAUGGAACAAAUUCGCAUUGAGUGGGAACUAGAAAGACAACAGGUUGUGAGAAAUCAAACUAACAAGAACGGCACACAACUAGACAUCCACGCUGGACCUAGUUCUGCUUCAGGGGAUGAUUUUUAUGAGAAAACGGGGAGCAACACGGUAGAGAAUCAGAGAUAACCUUCCCACCGUUCCCCCACUCCCUGACCUUUGCUUUUGACCCCUGAGCUCACUCUGUCCCCUCUGUCCAUCAGAAUGGAGACACCUGCCCUCGGUGUCUUCACUGCAAACACACACCCCUCGUGCAGAGCAAUAACAGCACUGCCGUCCCCCAGAAAACACCACCCACUGCCCCUCGUCGUUAUCUGUAAUCAAUGGCCUCUCACUCGGGCUUUUGCUGACUGCUGUGUUUUAAUCCUGCAUACAGCUGCUGUUGUUGUAGGGUGAAAUUCUUUAAACUUAAAAAUCUUUAUGCCAGUCCAUAAGUGGAAAUGAUGUCGAGAGUGUAUUCAAUUAAGAUGCGCUGAAAACGCAUUCACACAUACAGCCUUCUCCUUAAAGAAAAUAAUGUGACUGUAAUGCAACGGAUUUGUUUAAAAAUAGCAUCAAUGCCAUGUGCAAAUAAAUCCUAUUUUUUCCUGUUAUAUAUCCUGUUUUACUUAGAAAUGCUCUCAGGUCAAAGGUUUGGGGUCAGUUACAUUUAAAAUAAUAAUAAAAAUAAUAUUUUUAUUCAGCAAGGAUGCAUGAUUAAAGUGACAGUAGGCAUUUAUAAUGUUACAAAAGAUUUCUAUUUCAAAUCAAUUCAUUUUUUUAACCUUCUAGUUAUCAAAGAGUCCUGAAAAAAAUUGUUUCCACAAAAAUAUUUCAACAUUGAUAAUAUUAAGAAAUGUUUCUUGAGCCGC